AGUCUUGUACAACUUGUAACAUUGACAGUCGUUUCCACAGCGAUGGCAGUGACGGUUGAGAAGAGCAAGAAGUCUGGGAAGGAUUUCAAGAAGUCUGGCAGAUCUGACAAGUCUCAAGCUGUUGGCACUGGCAUUCGAGACGAGCGCAAGCCCACACAUGCUCCUAACCCAGCCCCUGCUUUCUUGUCUGCUUUGAAGGAGGAAGAGGUCGAUUUCCCUCGUGGAGGUGGUUCCAGCUUGACAGCAUUGGAGCUGAAGCAGGCUAGAGAUGAAGGAAAAAGAGAGGCUGAUGCCGAGGCUGCUCAGGCCGUAAAUAAUGGCAAGAGACGGAAGGGAGGAGAUGAUAGACGAGCGAAACGGUCAAGAACCGAGGCAGAAGAUGCAAAGAGGAGAGAAAAAGAGAAGGAUACGAUCAGGGUAGAAGAACUGAGUUACAAGCGACUUUUACCCGGCACGAGAGUACUCACUCGAAUCCACACUGUCCUUCCCUUGCAUCUCAUUCUAUCACUGCCGAACAACCUUCUGGCACACGUUCCAAUAACAGAGGUCAGCUCGACACUGACUUCACUCCUUGCCGCGGAGGAGGGGUCCGACGAAGAUGAGGACGAAGCGGAAUCUUCAUCCUCGACCUCAUCGUCGUCUCCGCCCGAUCUAGGCCAGCUCUUCACACCUGGCCAAUACUUCCCUGCUAAAGUGCUCAACACCUACCCUACAGCCAGUCAAUCUUUCAUCUCUCAAUACCCUAUGUCCGAGACCACUCGAUUAGCAGCAAAGACGGAGCUCACUUUGGUACCCGAAAAGGUCAAUCUUGACAUCGCGGUGGAGGAUCUGAGGCAGGGCUAUCAGAUCACGGGAGAGAUUCUGAGUGAAGAGGACAAGGGCUGGCGAGUCGGUUUGGGCCUCAACCCGGAUGGACCCGGUGGCCAGAAAGAAGGGUGGAUCCGGAAGGCUGGAGCGGUCGGUGAAGGAACGGCCCUCAUUCCUGGCCAAAUAGUCAACUGCACCGUCUUAGAGGCACCGAAAGGCGCUCGUGUAGUGCAGUUGGGCACAGAUCCGGCCGACUUGACGAAAUCUCUACUGCACGAGGUCUCUGAUGUCGGCUCAAUCCUCCCCGGGCACUUGACCUCUGUUCUCGUCACUGCUGUAAUCCCCACUGGACUUAACGUUAAAGUCUGUGGUUUCUUCGACGGCACUAUCGAUAUGACCCAUUUGGGCCUCAAGGGAGAAGACAUUGACGAGCGAUUCAAGAUCGGUAAAAAGAUACGCGCCAGAGUCAUCUACGAUCAGAUCACUUCCACACCUCGUCAUUUCAGUCUGUCAGUCCUACCGCAUGUUCUCACGUUCAGCAGCCCGCAGACAGCGGAAGGGAUAGCGCAAGAAAAUGCCAUUGAGAUCGGAAGGGUCCUCGACAAUGUCACCAUCCGACGAGUCAUCCCAGAGUGGGGUAUAAUUUGCGAGACUAGUGAUGGUCUAGAAGGCUUCGUACACAUCAGUCAUGCCUCCGAUGAUCGAGUGCCGCUUCUCACUGGCUCCGCCGGAGAGUUUAAGAUUGGCUCAAAGCAUCGUGCUAGAGUGAUCGGUCAUUCUCCACUCGAUGGCGUCUUGCUUCUGAGCUUCGAGCGUAAAGUCUUGGAUCAAGUGUUUAUGCAGGUUGGCGAGCUAGCUGUCGGUCAGAUCUUGAAGGGUACAAUCCGUCGCCUGACCGACAAGGGUAUCUUUUUAAAUAUUCAUGGCUCUGUCGACGGAGUUGUUUGGCCUUUACACUAUGCUGAUAUCCGGUUGAAGCAUCCCGAAAAGCGAUUCAAGGUCGGUUCGACAGUGAAAGCUCGGGUCUUCGCGCUUGAGCCCGAGAGGAAUAGAGUGGUCCUGACAUUGAAGAAAACGUUUGUGGAAUCGGACCUCAAAAUCCCAACGGGCCGGACAGACGUGAAUCCUGGGAAUAUAGUCAAUGCAGUGGUAUCGAGAAUCAUGGACAAGGGCUGUAUUGUCGACUUGUUCGGCGGUGCACGAGCCUUUGUACCUCAAUCCGAGGCCAGCCAAUCAUUCGUCACAGACUUGUCAGAAAUCUUCUUUGUCGGCAAGCCCGUCAUCGUCAAAGUCACAGAGGUGGACUUGGCAUCUGGACGUACCAUAGCUUCUGUCCGUCAAGCUCAAGCAUCAUCGCUAUCAGACCAGACGUUUGACAUCGGCGACACCGUUAGUGGUGUCGUGGCUCAAAUCCACCCGGAACAAGUGGUCCUUAAGCUCCAGCCCUCUCAAGCCAGCGCACUUCUCUCUCUCAGCAGCUUGUCCAAUCAUCGUGCCGUCACAAUCGAGCAGAUACGCACAUCUCUAAAGGCUGGUGAUCUCUUGGACGAUCUAGUUGUCGUUUCGAAGAACGCUACCAGUGGACUGGUCAUCGUCGCGUAUCGCAAACCCAGUAUGGCCGCCUCAAAAGCUGGUACAAGCUCCAGCGGAGUCUCCAAACCAGCUCGGGAGAUCGACGCUUUCAGUCCUGGGCAAAUUGUUUCGGGUCAAAUCAUCUCCUACACCCAUCAGGGGGCCAUGGUGCAGCUCACAUCGCACUUGCGGGGAAGGAUACAUCCUUGUGAUGCUGUGGACGACUUUUCAAUGGUAUCCGGCGAGAAGGUGCAUCAAGUCCUGGAGCUUGACAAGGAUGUUUCUGCCUACGUGCUCAAAGUCAACAAGUCAAACAGGACUAUCGAGCUCAGCACCCGACCGUCACGACUCGGCACAGGCAACAGCGCCAAAAUCGUGGACAAAGAGGUUGAAUCUCUCGGCGAUCUAAAGGUUGGCGACAAGAUCCGAGGUCUGGUCAAGAAUAUCUCCAGUCAUGGUCUUUUUGUCUGCCUCGGUCGGGAGGUGGUAGCUCGUGUGAUGAUCAAGGAGCUCUUCGACGAGUACGUCAAAGACUGGCAGUCCAGGUUCGAGCCGAAUCAACUUGUUUCCGGCACGAUCACCUCGCUCGAUGAGAAGAAGAAGCUCGUUGAGAUGUCGCUUAAAAAGAGAGCGGCCAAGCCGGCAAAGGCGUCUGCCAAGCUUAGCUUCUCAGACUUUGUCGAGGGUCAAAAGGUGGAGGCCAGUGUUAAAAAGGUCGAAACCUACGGUCUAUUCCUGCAGAUCCACGACAGUGAUGUCAGUGGAUUAUGUCACCGGUCAGAGCUCUCGGACAAGAAUAAGCAAGAUGUCACCAAGGCUCUUAAUGGCUUCCGAGAGGGAGAUCGAGUUAAAGCCGUUAUCGUUGGCAUGGACACCGAGAAGCGCCGCAUCAAUUUUUCAAUCAAGCCUAGCCGAUUCGAGGCGGAGGAUUUCGAUGGCGACGGGCUUGACGACGAGGACGGUGUUGAGCUCGGAGAAGAUAGCGAGGACUCUGAGGAGCUGGACUUGGAAGGUCUCGUCGACGACGACGAGGACAGCAAUGAGGAUAUGCUGGAGGCAGAUGAGGACCACAUCGACGACGCAGACGAAGAAGAAGCUGAAGACCUUGUUGACCACGGAGUGGGGAACCAGGAGGGAGCAGACUCAAAACAGGUGUCCAGGGCUUCUAACGACUCCGGCAAGGCCGGUAACGGGCUUACUGUGAGGGGCGGUUUCGACUGGUCUGACGCCUCCGACAACGAAGGUGCCGAAUCCUCGGAUUCUGAAUCUGAAAAUGACGAAGAACCGAUCCAGAGUAUCAAAUCGAAAGGCAAAGGCAAAGCUUCCUAUGAUCUGACUGGAACGGCCACCGAUGCUCGACCAGAAUCUGCCAAUGAGUUCGAGCGAGCCUUGCUGGCUUCGCCCAACUCAUCUUUUCUCUGGAUACAAUACAUGUCGUUCCUUCUACAGCUCCACGAGGUAGACAAGGCUCGUAAAAUUGGACGGCAGGCCUUGCAACGUAUAGGAUUCAGGGAAGAAGAUGAAAAGCUCAAUGUGUGGAUGGCUUUGAUCAAUAUUGAGAUCGGCUUUGGGACGACCGAAAGCGCGGACAAAGUGUUCAAAGAGGCGGCGGAAUAUAAUGACAAGAAGACAGUGUGUCUGAGGUACGCCGAGGCCUUGAACGAAGCUGGGAAAGACGAGGCAACCGAAGAGAUCUACAACAAGACUGUGAAGAAGUUUUCUCAACAGACUGAUGUAUGGGUCCGCUUCGCGGAGUGGUUCUUCCGCAAGUCUAGGCUCGAGCACGCCAGAGGGCUCCUGCCGAGAAGCAUGAAGAGCCUGGACAAGUCGAAGCACGUCGAGAUCAUCGAAAAAUUUGCCAUCAUGGAAUUCAAACACGGUGAUGCUGAACGUGGCAAGACGCUCUUCGAAGAAUUGGUGGAGCGAUACAAGCGUAGACUAGACCUUUGGUCUGUAUAUAUCGAUCAAUUGGCUACGACGGGUGACAUUCAGGGCGUUCGGGGACUAUUCGAACGUGCUUUGGACCAAAAGCUUACGAGUAAGAAGGCCAAAUUCUUGUUCAAAAAGUGGUUGGCAGUGGAGAACCGUAUUGGCGAUGAAGCUGGACAAGACGCAGCCAAAGAGAAAGCCAGAGCUUGGGUUUCUGCGAAUGUACAGGUCGACGCUGCGGCUGAGGCCGAGGAAUAGAUCUUCCAUAUUGUAUGCAUUCUUACAUCUG